UAUAUAUAUAUAUUUUAGCAAUCUGUUAAAUAAUAACUGGUAACAAAAAGUAAAACAUUCGGCUUUUCUUAUCUGGAGAAAUGCCACCUGGUGUUUUAUAAGAAUUACAUAUUGUCGCUAAUCGGCAUUCUGUAACUCAGGAAAAUGAAUGCAAAAUCACACGUAGUGAUUGUUCUGAGCGGAAAGAGAAAGAGCGGAAAGGAUUUUGUUGCUGAUAUGUUGCUUCAAUGUUUCAAGGAGAGUGGUGAAAUUUUACGAAUAUCAGAGCCUCUUAAAGAAAUUUAUGCUAGAGAGCAUGACUUGAAUUUCGAACGCCUCCUUGAUGCGUCUGAAUACAAAGAAAAACAUAGAGCAAACAUGAUCAAAUGGGGAGAAGAGCAAAGAGAGAAAAAUCCUUAUAUAUUUUGUGAAACGGUUAUUAGAAAAGCAAGCAAACGAAUUUUGAUAAUAAGUGAUGCUAGGAGGAAGACAGAUCUGGAAUUUUUUCGAAGAGAAUUUCCUAAAAACUUAUUGUUAAUCCGCAUUGAGGCUCAAGAAGAAACUCGCCAAAAGAGAGGUUGGGUGUUUACAAAAGGUAUAGACGAUGCUGACUCAGAGUGCAAUUUGGAUUCUAUAAAAGAUUGGGACUACGUAGUAAAGAAUGACAAAGACAAUUUAGAUAUUCAGGAAGAUAUCAAGUCCAUAGCGCACAAAGCUCUUGAAUUAGUUUAGUACAACUUUGUUUUUCUUUUGUUACAAUUUUACCAAAAUAAAUUAUAUUUGUAUAUUAUUAAUGAUAA